AUGGUAGACCAAGGCAGUUGUGUAGAAGUCAUGUAUCUUGACUUAUACAGAAGACUGAAUUUGAAGCCUGGAGACCUGACAAUGUACGAUUCACCUUUGGUAAGCUUUGAUGGGAAUCUUGUUGCCCCGAAAGGCCAGAUUAGGUUGCCCGUACAGGCCGGCUCAGAGGUGGUGGAAGUGGACUUCAUAGUGGUGGAUGCAUACUCCUUCUACACGGCAAUUGUCGCCAGACCCUGGCUUCAUACCUUGGGUGCUAUUUCUUCAACUCUACAUCAGAAGGUUAAGUAUCCGUCCGAUGACCGGAUUGAGGAGCUAGUUGGAACUCAGCUACCACCUCAAGAGAAGGAGGAGUUGGUGAUAUUUCUUAAGAAGAACGUUGAUAUUUCCGCUUGGAAUGCUUAUGAAGCUCCGGGGGUGGAUCCGAGCUUCAUUUGCCAUCAUCUAAAUGUCAAUCCAGUGGUCACCCCCAAGAAGCAACCACCUUGGUGUUCGUCCAAGGAAUACUUAGAUGCUGUUAAAGACGAGAUGACGAAACUUAAGCAAGCUGGGGCUAUUAAAGAAGUUUUUUUACCCUGA